UAUCCUGUCUAUGGAGGAACGAUAUUUAUACUCCUAUCACCUCAUUAUAAUAAACUGGCAGCAUUCAAUUACAUCACUAUUCCACUACCACUUUUUUUAAAGCCUAAUAUCUGGGAUCACCGGCUAUAAUGUCAGCCCAUGGAUCGGCCGAAGCGUACGAGAAAUACGUGCAAGCAGGACGUCUAGCUGCUGAGGCUUAUUACCAUGCCUUACAAUUGGCAAAGAUGAACAGCGACAUUACGCUUGCUGAGCUUUCCGAAGCUGGAGAUAAGUAUAUUCAGGACCGAAGUUUUGGCCAAAUCAACGACGGUAUAUGUCAUCCAACUACGGCUCAGCUGGAUUAUAUCAUUUGUAACAACGCUCUCAAGUCUGGGAACCUUUUGAAAGCGGAUGGCUCUCAACUGCUCAAACUUCAAUUGGGCGCCCAUAUUGAUGGCUACGGCGCCGUUGUGGGAGGGAAUUUCCUGCUUGGGGAAUCGUUAGCUGCCAAACAAUUAUCUAAAACAGCCACUGAAGUAGCCAAGUUGGUUCUCGACCUUAUAAAGCCUGGUACGACAAACGGCGAUCUGGUCAAGAAAGUUGAUGAAUAUAUGAGGCGUACUCCUUAUCGUGGUGUCCCGGGUUUACUUGCCCAUAAUCAUACUCAGUACGACAUUCAAGGACCCAAAGAGAUUGAUCUAUUCCCAUCUGGCGAUAAACAGCAUGAGGAAGGGAUAACUUUUGAGACAGGCGAAGUGUACACAGUUGAGGUCUGGAUUACAGACGCCAAAGACCCGUCGCCACAACCAGCCGCUGAUCUUGAUAAGACUCUCCACCAGAUUCCUCCUAGCAAGGACAUCAGCUCGUUGUCCGCGGAGAUUAAGGAAGCUUACAACUGCAUCACGAAGAAGGUUGGCACUUUUCCAUUCCACACUCGAGUGCUUGGCGACUCAGCACUCGUCAACGCGGGAGACGUCUUGGAGGCGGCCGACAUCCUAGCGACUUACCCUGCUUUCACUCUGAAGGAUCGUUCCAAAGCAGUAGCGCAGAGCGUCGUGAGCUUCAUUGUAACGAUUGAUGGCGUCCAUGUCCUGUCCGCCCCUAUUCUCUCUUGAGAGAUAAUCCUUCCUUAGAGGCUAUUCAAAAAUAUCCUUGUCGGAUACAUUCUGCAAACUCAAGGUAAAGAAUGAUAUGCAGGAGAGGGCUUGCUAUAUCCAUAGGGGAAAUUGUAAAGCCGUGUAAGAGGAAGGUAGUCGAUAUGGAUAUGACCAGUAGACAUAGUAUGGGUGGAGGUAUAUACGUCUAAAACAAAUGAGAAUUGAUCCUUAAGGGAUCUUCGAAAGGGUAUGAAGUAAGUAUAUAUACAAUCCAGGCACGCUCUCUACUCGGCCUGUCUCCCUUUCCUUAAACCUUCUUCCUUCCGACCAGCAUCCUUCCUCAAUGUUGGAACUUAAUCUACUGAUGGUCCUGACACAAAUG